GCCCGCCGCGCUCUGGGCGGCCCGAGCGAGCUGCCGGACCUCGCGCGCCGCGCCGCCGCCGCAGCCGGCUUUUGUUGUCUCCGCCUCCUCGGCCGCCGCCGCCUCUGGACCGAGGGCCGCGCGCGGGGACCUUGGCUCUGCCCUUCGCGGGCGGGGGCUGCGCGGGGCCCGGCCGGGACCCGAGAGAGGCGCGGGCGGGCGGCCGGGGACGCCGCCGGCCCCGCCAUGGAGCUCCGGGCUCGAGGCUGGUGGCUGCUGUGCGCGUCCGCCGCGCUCUUCUGCUGCGUCCGCGGGGACCCUGCCAGCAAGAGCCGGAGCUGCAGCGAGGUCCGCCAGAUCUACGGGGCCAAGGGCUUCAGCCUGAGCGACGUGCCCCAGGCGGAGAUUUCGGGUGAGCACCUGCGGAUCUGCCCCCAGGGCUACACCUGCUGCACCAGCGAGAUGGAGGAGAAUCUGGCCAACCGCAGCCGUGCCGAGCUGGAGACCGCGCUCCGCGACAGCAGCCGCGCCCUGCAGACCAUGCUCACCACGCAGCUGCGCGGCUUCGACGACCACUUCCAGCACCUGCUGAACGACUCGGAGCGGACGCUGCAGGACGCCUUCCCUGGCGCCUUCGGGGAGCUGUACACGCAGAACGCCAGGGCCUUCCGGGACCUGUACGCGGAGCUGCGCCUCUACUACCGCGGCGCCAACCUGCACCUGGAGGAGACGCUGGCCGAGUUCUGGGCUCGCCUGCUGGAGCGCCUCUUCAAACAGCUGCACCCCCAGCUGCUGCUGCCCGACGACUACCUGGACUGCCUGGGCAAGCAGGCCGAGGCGCUGCGGCCCUUCGGGGAGGCCCCCCGGGAGCUGCGCCUGCGAGCCACCCGCGCAUUCGUGGCUGCACGCUCCUUCGUGCAGGGACUGGGGGUGGCCAGCGACGUGGUCCGGAAGGUGGCCCAGGUGCCCCUGGGCCCAGAGUGCUCGCGGGCCGUCAUGAAGCUGGUCUACUGCGCUCACUGCCUGGGCGUCCCCGGUGCCCGGCCCUGCCCCGACUAUUGCCGAAAUGUGCUCAAGGGCUGCCUUGCCAAUCAGGCCGACCUGGACGCCGAAUGGAGGAACCUCCUGGACUCCAUGGUGCUCAUCACCGACAAGUUCUGGGGCCCGGCGGGCGUGGAGAGCGUGGUCGGCAGUGUGCACGUGUGGCUGGCAGAGGCUGUCAACGUCCUCCAGGACAACAGGGACACACUCAUGGCCAAGGUCAUCCUGGGCUGCGGGAGCCCCAAGGUCAACCCCCAGGGUGCUGGGCCUGAGGAGCGGCCGCGCCGGGGCAAGGCGGUGCUGCCGGAGCGCUCCCCCACGGGCGCACUGGAGAAGCUGGUCUCUGAGGCCAAGGCCCAGCUCCGCGACGUCCAGGACUUCUGGAUCAGCCUCCCAGGGACGCUGUGCAGCGAGAAGAUGGCCCUGAGCACCGCCAGCGACGACCGUUGCUGGAAUGGGAUGGCCAAGGGCCGGUACCUCCCCGAGGUGAUGGGCGACGGCUUGGCCAACCAGAUCAACAACCCCGAGGUGGAGGUGGACAUCACCAAGCCGGACAUGACCAUCCGGCAGCAGAUCAUGCAGCUGAAGAUCAUGACCAACCGGCUGCGCAGCGCCUACAAUGGCAACGACGUGGACUUCCAGGACGCCAGUGACGACGGCAGCGGCUCCGGCAGUGGCGAUGGCUGCCCGGAUGACCUCUGUGGCCGGAAGACCAGCAGGAAGAGCUCCAGCGCCCGGACGCCCUUGACACACGCCCUCCCCGGCCUGUCGGAGCGGGAGGGGCAGAAGACCUCGGCCGCCAGCUUCCCCCAGCCCUGCGCCUUCCUCCUGCUCCUCCUCCUCAGCCUGGCCCUUGCAGUAGCCAGGCCCCGGUGGCGGUAACUGCACCACGGCCCCAAGGGACCGAGGCCAAGGACUGACUUUGCCAAAAUGUAGAACGGACGAUAUUUAAUUCCCCUCGGCUGAGAGGCCCAGGCAGGGUGCAGGGCAGGUGGGGAAAGGGCGCCGUGCACUGGCCCCGGCCUGGCCUCACCUGCCCCCAGCUUUUGAUUUUGUAUGAGGCCUUCAGGUCAGCUGGGAGCCAGUGUCCCCAAAAGCCAUGUAUUUCAGGGACCUCAGGGGCACCUCCAGCUUCCCACCCCUCCCCCAGCUCCCUGCCCCCCUGCAGAAGCCGCCGCCUGCAGCCAUGAGCAGCAUCCCACUGGAGACCGUGAGUGGGCCUGUGCCUUCCUCCCCUGCCUCCUCCCGCUGGGGACGCGCCACCAGAGCCCGCCAGCCCAGGCCUCAGGCGAGGCUCCCCUCAGCCCCCUGCGAGAAGCCUGCAAGGCCAUCGGGGUGUCCACGUGGGGUUAGCGGAGCCUUUGAGAUCAUGCAUGACACCUUCCAACUCGGCAAGGGAUCCAGCGCUAAGGCCCUGCCCUCCCUGGGCCACCGAGGGGCCCCCCUGCCUGCGUGACAGCCUGUCUGUGAGACUGGUCCCAAGAAGGCACUGCUGGCUGCUAAGUCUGUCCCGACUCUGUCCUCACAGCAGACCCACUCUGAGUGGUCCCUUGAUGUCCAGACGAGGUGGCAGCUGACCACCCUCUGCCUCCCCCAGGGAAGCCGCGUGGCCUUGCAGAUGUGGGCAGUCCCCUGGCACACGGUGCUCGCAAAGUGGCCCUUGCUGGGGUCUAGGCCUGUGCGAGGGCCCUGCCCCCAUCCCCACCCAGACCAGGGCCAGGUCCCAGCUUAGGGGGACACAGGUCAGGGCUCAGAGUGACACGUGGCUGUCACCUGGCCCCAGUGAUGCUUGGUGACCGGUGAGACCUAGCAGUGCAGACAGAGGGACGCCUUCCUGACCCCGGCCAGCUGACAGUUAAGGGCUUUUCCAGACGUGCACACACUUACGGACACUUCCUGUUCUUGUUCACUGAGAGCUGCUAUCCCAGCUCCUCCCAGGUAGCUUUGCAGGGACGGGUCCACCUUGGAGGUGUUCAUGGCCCCAGGACGUGGGCGCGUCCCACUCACGCAGGCUGUCAGGACCCCUCCCCCCGGCCUGGGGUGGGCAGGUGGCUUCCUGCCAUGGAGGGGCCCUGCAAGGGGAAGGAGGGCCUCAGGGGCCUGGGGACACCCAGCUGCCAUGACCCACAUGGCCCUGAGAGGGCCGCUUAGCGCUGCUUUGCUCCUAGUCACUGAGUUGGGGAAGCCGCUGCCAACACAGUGGACCGAGGUCUCUGGCCACUGGCCGUGUCCCCUGGCACAGGUACCUGUUCCCUGGAGUCAGACUGAGCCAUGCUGGGCCCGGGCUCUCCCAGCCGCUCCACCAGGCAGCCCCUCCCUGCCAGUGCCGGGAUGGGCGGGGCACAGGCGGCAGCGCUCCUGCUGUCCCCAGCGGCCAAGGCCCCCACCGUACACGCGUCUCUGGAAGGGGCAGCCCCGAGGGGUCACUGGUCAGGGCAGCGGCCAAGCCUGCUGUGUCCUCCACAAGGUGCCCUUGCUGCUCAGGGUCCGCGGGUGCCGUGUGUUUGAGUCCUUGUAUGAAUAAAGGCUGGAGACCUACAACA